AUGUCCACAUUUAAUGCCUCACCCGAGGUGAUUUUGUCCAAAAACGGUGCCAAAUACCUACUUAAAAGAAACGCUAGUGAGAAAGAAUUGUUUAAGAAGCAGACGUGGCUGCUAGACAAAGCUAAAUCAAAAGAAGAGAGGGCCUUUUGCCGUGAGAGGGAGCGACUUUUACAACGUCGACUCUCGAGAUUUCAAGGAGUUGGUGAAAGGGUCAAAAGGAUUACUGAAGACGAGUCUGAUAAAUGGGAAGUACAAAGUGAUACACCAUGUUAUAUCAAACAUCGGAGAAAACAAGGUAUUUUCUUGGACAGCUCGCCAUUAUGGUCCUCUCAAGAUUCUGUGUGCCCAUCGUCUGGGGCCUCCAUGAGUCAAAGAGGCCCUGGAGUCCAUAACUGUGAUGAGUUUCUUAGUAGCCCCAGCGUGGUUAGGAAGUUCAAAAGAGCCAUUUCAGAACAGUACAGCUCGACAAGCUCACGGACAAGCUCGCCGCGAUCGACAAGUUGUGUUCUUCCCCCAAUUUCACUUCAGUGUCCGAUUUCUGGUAACGAGGGAGAAAGAAAACUCAUACAUGCACGAUCAAAAGCAAAGUACAAGGAAGCGAGUUUCAUUUGAUGGGCCUUGAUUCAAUGACGGGUAAACAUCAGUCACCUUCUCGGUGAUAAAUGAAAAACUAUACCUUAAAGUGGCUAAAAUGCCUCAAAUUUAGAGUCAAAGGAAAGAACGUGUGUCUUUGAGGAACGUACGAAUACUGAUAUAAUAUUCAAGUGUUAUACAUACAAUUUCCAUAUCACAAAUUACUCAUUACAAUGUCUCAUGGUUUUUUUAUCAUUACCCUUUUAGACCUAUAAGUAUAAGUUAAGGAAUUAUUUUAUUUGAAGCCCACUAACACUUACACAAACAGCGAGUUAUCAAUUGAUGAGACUUUAAAAUUUUAUAAUAAAGGACAUUUAUGGAUAGAGCGAAAACUAAUUUGAUAUGUUUCAUCUAGGGUGAUUUAAAGUGGUCUUGUUGAAUGUUAUUCAAAAAUGAAUCGAGAAACCAUCAUUUACUGUCAAAUCUGACAGGUAAUUGAAUCAAAUCCAGUGCCCGGAUGUCAAAUAGUCUAACUUUUCAUAACAGAUACAACGAUUUUUAAUAUCGGCUGAGUUCUGAUGAAAUCUAUAGUUAUCUCGAAAAGCUUGAAUAAAUAUGAACAAAGCGCGUGAAAGGGUUCAGGCGAAGAACACCACCGAACACCACCGAAACCCUGCCGGCUAAAUACCGAUGUUAAUUGCUGGGCGAGGUUGCCGGUUGGACAAUCAUGAGGUACUUAGUACGCAGGAAAUUUCUCGGAAACUUCGGACGCCUCCUGAUUAGAAAGAGAUGCAUCUCAAAAUGGUUAAAUUUCUUAGUCGUCAGUACCCUUAAACACGUAAAUGCUUGUCUCACCUUUUCGUCGGUUUUAUUUCAGUAGGAAAGAAAUGAAAUAGCAACCCUUGCGUGUUUUUUUUGCUUGAAUAAUAUUAUCCUUUUGCGAGAGCUCCAGAAUACGCUUACGUCAUGUUAUGUGUUCUCUCGAAUAGUGGCAUGCAAGAGAAUGUGUUGGAUUGGCAAAAAUGGCACGAUUGCGGUCUGCAAUUCGACGGUUUUAUGUUAAAAAUCUAUUUAGCUAGUUAAAGGUCUCUGUUCGCAGAAUCAGAACGUCAAUGUUUGGUUACAUCCAAUUUUUACCAAGACUUAUGAUCACAGUGUUUGGAUCAUGUUCCGAUGAAGCACCAAUUACACUCCAUGGCCACUGGCCACAUCAAUUUAUUGGUCUUCAUUAAUAAAAAAAUAAAGAGUCCGGUUUAUAGAAAACGAGAAAAGAUUCAGGAAGCAAAAGCAACUCUUUUUAUUUCUCUUGGGCUAUAGUUAGUUUCACUCAAACUUCAAGCUGACCCUCCGAAAUAAGCGAAAAAUUUCUUCGAAACCUGACGGACGUGUUCGAAAUGGAAAACCGUCCAUGAUGAGAACUGACAGAUGAUAGUCGUUCAGAAUCAAGGACAGAAUUUUCCGCAAUCAAACAAAAUUUACCAAUUAAAAAUUGAACGGCACCGUCCAAACCAAAAUCCGAUGGAAGCAUCCGAAGUCUGCUAGCUCAAUGAAUAGACAACUCAAAGCUUGUUUUUACCGCGCUAUGUUCCCGGGUGGUGCCUUUCUUGCUAACUUUUUUAAAAAUAUCUUGUUCUCGUCAGUUUCUUUGUACAGAAAAGAAAUUUUUACGUCAUGAAUAAUAAGACCCCAGUUUUACAUUUCUUUUACCUUUGCUUAAACUUCACAAAAAGGAGAAAAAUAAAGAUUUUCUAAAUUAAUUCUCAGCCUGGGUGUGUUCUUAGUAUUUUCUCAAAAUUUUGGUUUAUCUCAACCAGAACAAUGGAAUUUUUAUUAGGAAAGGUUCUUAUCGAAGGAGGGUGUGCGGCGUCUUUUUUUGGUCUUUACGGAGACAUGGUCUUUAUCGUUGAAUCUAGCUCGGUAUAGGACAUAAACUUUGUUUUGCAUGGUUUCUAUUGUACCCAUGAUUACAGUCAAAAAUCCUUUAAAUGUUAUUAAACACAAACGUAUUGGUCCAUUUCGAUAAAUUUUAGAUUUGUUACACGAAAGUUUACUGAUUAUUGCAUGUAUUGAAGUCUCAAGCUUCUAUAAAACUCCUUUUGUUUGAUCGUUUGUUGUUGUAGUUGUUGUUGUGUUUGGCUUCCACAUUCAGAAUCAAGGUAAUUCAGUAAUGAUCAAUGGAUUUGUCCCAGGUUGUGUUUGGUUUGUCACAUUUUAUAUUAAUAAAUUUUAAUUUCAAUCGUACGUUCAGACACCAUCUAUCACGCUAAAUUGAAUAAAAGUACUCCUAAAUCGAUAUGUGACAUUCUCAUAAUUAAGCCUCGGAAAAAUGACAGUUUUUCUCUGCCAAGGUUAGUAUAAAUUUUCUUUUUCCUUUGUGUGUAUUAUUCGUGACGAUUCGUCCUACGAAGUUCGAUUCAGUGCUCACCGAUAUUACCACACGGUUUUACAAGGGAUUUAGUGCCCCGGAAUAGUCGCAGUCCAAAUCAAAUUCAAGACAAUAUUAAGUAUGGGAAUAGUUUUUCAUAUAAAUAGUUGAAGAUAAAUUCCAUUUCAUUGGUAUACAUGUAUAUGCAUGCACCUCUGUAGCUGCAAGAUAAAGUUUGGCUACUCAUGAGAUCAGUCAUGGAAACCAGUGAUUAAACUUAUAUUAUUCCACAGACAUUUUCCGGUAGAAAUUGCCGGUUCAAGAUUAACAUUCGUUGUGAAAUGAAAACGUAUUGUUAGGUAAGCAGAUUAAAGCUGCUUAUAAUGUUACAGGUAAGGCCCGCUCAGCAAGAUACACUACUUUAUGGAUCUGGGACAGUUCGUUCCAUGUAAGUGUUUUGAUCCUCAUUCAUGAUGCGUCCGCUGGCCCUAUGAAUCGUGCGCAUGGACGCCGUACAGUUUAUCUAUUGCAUCAAGACUUGGCGCGGCUGCAUGACAAGCGGGAAAUUGAAGCGUUCCACUAGUGCGUAGAAAGUGUCAGUUAUGGUUCGAAAUGCGGUUGAAAAAUCACAUAGUGACAAAAGGAAAGGGAAAAGCCCCCAGAAGCGCAGUUUCUCAACAGCUGAAGUGAUAUACAGUAAUGCUAAAAGAUCAGCUCCUGUUGAUGAAGGCAGUGCACGAAGUAAGCUGAUUUGAUCAAAAUUUACAUGUCAUUAUUUGCUAACUACUUUGUCGUUAUGAUGAAAGAAAAUGGCAUGACUGAUGAAAGACUUUUCGGUUUAUGUUUGGACCUGGAGUUAUCCGUCAUAUUUUAAUCGAUCAAAACGUUAUCGAAAUCAGCCAGGUAAUUGGACAAACAACAUGCCCACUUUGUGCACGAAAUUGCGGACAGAAGGUUUAAUGCGAUAUCGUAAAUAUUAAAAUAACUGAGAAUCAAACAGUACCUAGAGCCGCGUUCUCUCGUGAUUAAAGCCUGUAAUUUCAAUACAUUGCAAGAAGAAAACAAGUGCAUGCGGUCCAUUCACUUCAUACGCUUUUCCGCAAGACAACGAGAGUGGUAUGAUUCGGGAGAAAACUAUCUAAACAUUUAUCCUAUCAAAGUUAAUCAUCAGAAAAUUCCAGCAUGGUGUUCAAAGUGAGAUUUCCUGUACCGGAUUGAAUUUGUCAGCCCUUUUUCCCUGAAAAAGUCAUGUCGUUGCUUGUGAGAAGGUCAUGAAAGUGCUUGUGGAAAUAUUCUUUGGUCUCAUUGGGUCAUGCAAAAUUUCAAUAAGUGGAGGUUAAGUAAAAAUCUCUGUAUGGAAGUCUGUCACAAUGACAAACAUUGUAACCAUGAUGACAGUAAUUUACUCCUCACAGUUUUUAUAUCAAUAUUCAAAUGUAUAUACUGGAAGUGCCCAUUGACUGUACACCACAGUUUUUAGUAGGGAGGGGGAUAAAAAAUCAUAAUCUAAAACGAGCCUUGCUCUCAGGGUUUGGGUCUACUGACACCUUGGGAAUAAAGUUAAUGUUUGAGUGUGACAAUGUUAUUCUGAAAUGUAAAUAAUUAUUGUUAGCAAAUGUAUUUUGACACAUAGACUUGUCUUAUGGUAAGAGUGUAAUCCAUUCUGCUCUAAGUGAUUAACAAAAUUUCUUUCUUUCGUGUUGUCUUUCAAUUUGAUUACAGAAAGGAGGAAAUAUAGACCAGGGACUAGAGCUCUGAUGGAAAUUAAACAUUACCAAAAGACAACUCAUCUCUUACUCAGAAAAAGUCCUUUCUUCAGGGUGGUAAGUUUAAUGUUAAGUUAAACAUGAAUGUUGCAAAGUUUGGUGUUGUAUUAAGAAACUUUUAAGUGCUGCAAUGUCACUUUUAUCAUUUAAAAAUUUAAGGUUCAACUUUCAGCAUAAUGUUACCAUCAACAGGCAUUGUAAUGGUUUUAUUCAAUGUUAUAACUGGUCACUGCAGUCAUCCCCUUUAUUUUGGUCUAAAGCAAAAUUAUUGGUUUCAGUUUGUUUCUUUUCAUAUUCAUGACCUUGGUGUUGAAACAGAAGUGGCCGUUUCUGAAUUACAAGAAGUAUCUUUGUUUUUUAUUCCCAGCAUAAUUCUCACAUUUGAAAAUUAGAUUUAAUUCAGGGUAAAAUUAUAUGAAUAGUGGCACACUGAUAGCCUUUCUUGCAUUGAAAAGGAUCAUUGCAACCCAGAAAUUGAACUCUCAUGGGGCUCUUCUCUACCAAGCCUAGAUGUCACUGCACUGAAAUUGAACUUUGGUAUAGGGUUAUCUGACUCGUAUAACUUUUGAGAGUUUAACACACCAGAUUUUUUAGAAUAGAGGCCUCAUGCACCUGGUUAUCAUCAAUCAUCACAUCCUUCUUCUAUAUUAAUUGCUUUCAAUGAAUAAGAGAACUUUAAUGCAUUGUUAUUUUUCUUGUCACUAACCAUUUGCAGAAUAUUUGGAAUGUACAGAGACUUUUUAGUGAUUCUCAACAACUUCUUAACCAUAAACUUAGUUACUGAUAUGAUUAAAUCCUUUAGAGGACCUUGUGUGGUACAGUACUGGAAAUUUUAAUCACAACUACCUCUUUCUUUUUCAAUUUGAUAAUGUAAUUGAUAUCACUUGGCUAGAAUGUUUAGAUUUUCUUGCUAUGUUAUUACAAAAUUAUACAAGUAAGCUUUUUUAUCUUUAGUUAUAUGUACAUGUACAGAGGUUACAUAUUUUAGUUUAUUGUUUGUUAUAGGUCAGAGAAAUUGCUGACAAGUUUUACCAGCAGGUAGAGUUAAGGUGGCAGGCAACAGCAUUGCUAGCAUUACAGGAGGUAAGGAAUUCUGUGAAAUUUUUGCUGUAUGGUUUAUUCUACCCUAUGUAUAUCUACAUUGUUAGUUUAAUAAUUUGCAGAAGUGCAAAAGACAUAGUGAUACAUUUGGUAGAUGGUGUGCAAAAGUAAUUUUUAACUUUGAGGCUGGUUACUAUGGGAGGGGGGGGUGUGAAUAGGUUUUCUAUCCAUUGAUAUUUUACUUAUUUGGGUGAUAUUAUCCUUGGAAAAUGUUUCAUUUUAACUUAUUACCCAGUAACACUUGUCCACAAUAGUUUAUAGAGGACUCUGCACUUGUUAAUACAGUUGUACAUUCUUUGAAGAUGUUUGUUGUUUCUGUUUUCAGGCGGCAGAAGCAUUCCUUGUUAGACUUUUUGAGGAUGCGUACCAUUCAUGUUGUUUAUAUCCAUCACAAUGUUAUUUUUUGUUUUAAUACCUUGUUCCCUUUUACUCUCUUCAUUUAUAGUUGUUUACUAAUUCUUUCUCAAACAUUCUUUAUUUGUGUAAUAUAAUCAGUGUGCUUCAACUUAAUUGUAUGUUAUUUUUUGGAAAUUUUACAUGUACACAUGUAAAUGAAUGUGCAUGAGUGAAGUAUUUAUUUCUUUAUUGUAAUGCAUGUAGAUUUAAAUGACAAUUGGUUCCUGUUUUGUUCUCUUUGUUUUUCUUGUUUCUUUUACAGUAAUUUAUGCGCCAUCCAUGCCAAAAGAGUCACUGUCAUGCCCAGGGACAUGCAGCUGGCCAGGCGAAUCCGUGGACGACAUGAUGGGCUUGGUUGAUUGAAAAUGAAUAUUUCAUCACUUCAUAAACCAAACUAUGGAAGAGCACUUUUAUUUUUUAAAAAGAUGUAUUUUACUUCAUGUAAUUUUUUUUGAGCAACUUUUAGUUUUUCUAUUUUUCUAUUUUGUUUUAUGUAACUUAAAUGCAUGCUUGAAGUAAAUUUUAAAUCACUUUGAACGUUUGAACUGAGUGCUGUAAUUAUUUAACGGAACUACUCAUACAUCAGAAGGAAAUAAAAUUAUUUAUUUCAUG